CCCUCACUCUCUUCUCCGGCUGGCCGCCGCGGUCCGCUCCAUGCUCUUCUCCGUCUCGCCGCCACGCUGCCGCCGCGCUCACCCCCCUCCCCCUCCCCUCCCCACCUUCUAUCGCGUCGCCGCGCUCUCCUCCCCCACCUUCGGUGGCCUCGCCGCGCUCCUCUCCUCCUUCCCGUGGCGACGGAUUGAGUUCAAGCUUGGACCUUUGAGUUCAAGCCGGCGACGGAUUCCGUCGAUGCGAGGCCUUCACCGCCGCCAAGCUCCUGGCGCCGGUGGCCGUGAGCUUCAGGGGAGACCCCAUCCUCUCUCCCUCCCAGAUCCACCACGCAGCUCGCUCGCGCGCCGGGAUGCCGACGCCAUGGAGGACGCUGCUCCACCCCUGCUCCGCUCCGCGCCCCCGGUGCUAUGGAGGACGCCUCUCCACCCCUGCUCCAGCCUCAGGGUGUGGAACAUGAAGCUGGCAAUGCCAAGAAUGAACAAGAUGAGGGCACUGACAGUACCCCUAGUCAACUGCUUUUGGGCGCAAAGCCAAAGAAAAGACUCACUUCCAAGUGCAGCCCUGGGAUUCAGACUCAGAAGAGGCAAAAGAAUCAGCAAGCACUGCUGCACUGAGAGAAGAGAGUGUGCUCCAAAUGUACAGAGAGUAGGAGUACUGGCAUCAAUUUUAAACAACAUCAUCAUUCAGUACUCCAGCAUCAUCAUUCAGUACUCCAGGAGGCAUUCAGCAUCCAGCAUCCAGUGUUCAAUCCAGCAUCCAGUUUCUACUCCAGCAUCCAACAGGGAGGCAUUCAGAAACUGGGGGCGGGGCGGGGAAUACCAGCAGCAGCAACAGAGGCGGGGGCGGGCGCGACCGUCGAAGCAGGACCAGCGCGGAGAGGAAGAUCCUGGCCUUGGAGGAGAGGUUGAGCAGGGCCAACGCGGCGACGAACACCCUGGGCCAGAGCGGCGACGAAGACCCAGCGUCGGCGACGGCGGCCAGAAUUGUCCGCGGCGACGGCGACCAAGGUGGACGAAAUCAAGGACCCAGUCGUUGAUUUUGUGCUUCUCGGCACGAUUCAGAGGGAGGUGACUGUUGGAGCAAUCCCGCCGCUCAGGUAGGCGAGGGCACAACCAUGGCGGCUGCGCAGGUGGGCGGCUGCGCAGGUCGCGUCCGUGGAGGUCCUGCGCGUCUCCUCCGUGACGACGCAGGUCGUCUCCUGCACAGGCGGCUGGGUCCUAUGAAGCGCGGCUGGGUGCUGAGGAGAACGGUGGACUGGGGAGGAAGACGGGGGAAGGUGGCCGGAGCCGGCGACGCGCGGGCGACGGUGGAGAACUGAGGAAGGAGACGGGUGUUUUUUCAAAUGAUUUGAAAGUAUAAGGACGUGUUUGCAAAAUGCGUACUGUACAGCACUCGCGACAUCUAAAUCCGAACGGAGGGAGUAUAUCUGUGUGGAUUG